GGUUAUUACUUUUCAUCUAUUUUUAUUAUUAUUAUAGUUAUUUUUGUUCAUAUUGUAUUUUUAUGGAGUCUUUCAAGGGGGCCCUGGCAGCUGGGGACCUAGGCCUUCUUUGCCUAAUGGGUAAGUCCGCCCCUGGAAAGAGCGUCUUUAGCGUCUGCUAAUGAGCUAAUUCUUUUUAUUGUUGUUAUUACGUGUGCUGGCCACCAUGUGGCGCCCUUCACACAACGACCACGAUCGAUCACACAAACACAGCUACAGGUGCACCUGUCUCUCCGUCCAAGCUGUCUUUCUCGCUAUUUUCCUCCCCUUACUUUAUAUGUCCCAAUGUCUGUCUGAAUCCCCUGCCUGUCUGUUUGCCAUUCUCUCAGUCAUGCCAGUGUCUUCUUGCUGCUUCGGAGAAGAUCGUAUCUUACCGCCCCUCCCGAACAUGACGUAAGCGUGGUAACUCCUCCUUCAGCUAAAACUUUCAAACAGGUUGUAUCCAGACUCACUGCAGAGCCCGGGGAUACCGGACGAAUAACGGACCGGCAGUAGCGAUGACAUGGAGAGGAGAGUUGUAAGAGCUCUGGAUAUGACUCAAAUUACCUUGUUUUAUGCAAACUUGUCUGGACUGUACCUAACUUGUACAACACCCAUUUAUAACGGUAGACCAACACUUCAGUGAGAAUUAUUGUUUGAGGCUCACAUGGUUGUACGCUACGGACAACAUACUAUCGAUCAGAUUAACGUUUAUUGUAUGGAAACAAUGUGGAAACUAAUCAGAGACAUUUGUCGAGCGAAUGGAUGUUUAUUUUUGGAACGAUAGGCUACAUGUUGGAUUGAAACUUCGGUCGGAUUUUUGAAGGGAAACGUGCUUCAAGUCUUGGAAUAGGCAAAGUGUUAAAGAGAUUCUGGUUUUCUGCCAUUGCAUCAAUGCUGUCAGGAUGAUAAAAGUGUAGCUUUGCUCAAGUUCGUUUUUUAUUUUUAUGUCGUUUAUAUAGGCUAGUAGUAGGCUGUACUCUUUAAGCAGUAUUUUGUUUGUAAACGUGUUUCGUUCGUUUUUAAGUGACGAGCACAACACUUCUCUUUGCGAGGGGGCGCUUACAUUAACCAUACAUUUGAGAUUUGAGAAAUUACAGCCACGGGGUGUUUACUAUAAACACCAUAAUGAUCCCGGAGGAGAGGAGCGGUGGAUCUAAACAAGCUUUCAACUUCCCCGUGGAUUUAUUGAUCCGCUCGCCUAAGAAACGCUUGGAUAAACUGGGCAGGAAACACAGUAAUGGAUCCUUACAGUCUAACUCCUCAGACCAGACGACCCACUCAGCGGAGAGCGCCCCAGUCAGGCAACCCGCCAAGAACAAGAUCCGUCGCCACAACAACCGUCUGUCCACCGUGUUUACCCGCAGCCCCAACCUGCGUGAGGAGCGCGCUGCGCUGCCCGCAGGCCGGGGGGGUAACUGCGGCCAGCAGGACAACCCUGCAGAGCUGUCCAGCCAGGAGUCAGCGCCCGGGAUCCUCAAGGUGUUCGGCAGCGACAUCAGCCAGGGAGCCAAUUACAAGAGCGUGCUGGCCACCCCUCAGUCCAGCUCCCUGGGGCUGGUGAAGGAAGCUCUGGAACGGUACUGUCUGGAGAAGGAGGAUCCUAGCGGAUACGUGCUCUGCGAUGUGAUUGGCCAGACGGGAGCCGACCACCUGUGGAGGACGGAGUGCUUCCGGGUCGUGGGCGACCACGAGAAGCCCCUCCUGCUGCAGUCGCUAUGGAAACCCAAAGAAGGAUUCUCCCGCCGGUUUGAGAUCCAGAAGAGGGUGAGCGUGGAGGAGCAUGUUGCCAAGGAGACGGACACGGUGACAGCAGGUAUCAACGCCCAGGCCCGGAAACUGCAGAGGGGUCGGUCACGGGUCACCUCCCUCUUCGUGGCCGGUACUGGCUCUGGGGCAGGGGAUGACCCAGCGUGCCUCUGGAGGAGUCUGAGUGACAUGGACCUGUCCUCCAUGGUGCGCGACGCUGCCCAGGCCCAGCAGGAGUCCAGCAGGACCCAGGCCCAGGCCCGGGGCGCUCUGCUGAAGGAGGACCCAGAGUUGGAGGCUGACAAGGAAGCUCUGGGCCUAGAGAGGGAGGAAACAGAGAGCAGUGAUGACCUCACCACCCAGUACUCCAUCCACCCGCCCUUCGACUUCCCCUACUUCCUCCUGCUGCAGGGCUACAACCACAGACAAGACUUUGUCCUCUACCUGUUGGGGUCCUCCUCCACCAUCUUCGGCUGCUGUCGGGAGCACAGCGAGGGGGAGGACGAGGAGAGGUUAAAGGUCGACAUCCUGCUCUUCGCCCCCGACAUCCUGCCCCAGCACUGCCUGGUUCGACGCCCGGACCGUACCACGUCCCAGCGGGGGUGCCUGCUGAGACCCCUGCACGGAGCCCCUGUCUCCCGGAAUGGUGUGGCCCUGAGAGGGGAGGAGCAGCUGUGCUGUGGGGACCUGGUGGGGCUGGGGAACCACUACUUCUUCAUCUUCAAAGACCCCUCGUCCUCCUCCUCCUCCCUCCCCCACACCCUACCCUGGCUCCCCCAGCUGGGCCCUCCCCUCCAAGGAGGCGUGGCCUCCUCCUGUCAAUCAUGUGGCUCCUCCCUCCCCAUGAGAGGAAACAGGAAGUGGACCCCUCCUUGCUGGACUGGUCCAGAGGGCGUGGCCCUCUCGCUGGCCUAUCAGGAGAGCCAGGAGGAGCGAGUCCUGGAGGAGGUGAUGGCAAUGGCGGACGGCGGGGGAGAUGACCCCCGUCUGACCCCUGCCUUCCUGCUGUGUGUUCUGAUCCAGAACUCUGCCUCCAGCUGCCCCCUGACUCACCUGCAGGCUCUGCUGCCCCGCCUCGCCGCCCUCAUACACACCUGCGUAUGGGAGAAGACCAAGCAGCUAGCAGCCAUGCAAACAGAACUCAGCCCCGGUGUGGACCCUGAGCAGGACGUGUCGCUGCAGGAUCUGACCCCAGGUCUGCGGCCCCUGGUGCUCUGGAUGGCCAAUGCCCUGGAGCUGCUGCACUUCAUCCAGCUGGAGGUCCCACUACUGCUGCCUCCACAACAGGAGGAGGAUGGUGUGUGGGAGUCCGAGGUGUUGUGUGUGCGGUCCUUGUGUGAGGAGACCAUGACGGCGCUUGAGGAGGUCAUCAUGUUCACCUUCCAGCAGACUGUCUACUACCUCACCAAGGUCAGUAGUGGGGGUAGCUCACCACCUCACCAGGGCUCCAUGGCUGUUAUGAACAGCACCCCCCCUGAUAUCCAGUUUCCCUCUUCUCCUCCCCCUGCCACGGCCCCCCUCAGAAGGGCCCCUGCGGACCCCCCAGCGGCCCCCCAGCCCCGAGGCCCUCAGGGCAGCCUGAGCAGUGGAGCGGGGGCCCGGGCGGUCCUCACCCAGAAGCUACGUAGCCUGGAGCUGCAGAGCUCCUUGCCUGGGUCGGGGAAGAGCCCCCGGAGCAUGGCGCUGGACCCCUCCUGCCUCCUCAACCCCCCCAACACCCCCCAGGGUCUGGAGCGAGGCCCUCUGGAGCGAGACCCUCUGGAGCGAGGCCCUCUGGAGCGAGGCCCUCUGGAGCGAGACCCUCUGGAGCGAGGCCCUCUGGACCGAGGCCCUCUGGAGGCAGGGCUGCAGGAGGGGCCGCGAGGACAGACGCCCACUGUCGGCUGUAGUACCAGGAGGACUGGUGAUGAUGAUGUGUUCAUUGUGGAGCUGCACAGAGGUCCUCACGGUCUGGGCCUUGCAUUGGUGGACGGACUGAAGUGUUCUUUGAGGGUGAGUGGUAUUUACAUCAAGUCAGUGGUUCCAGACUCUCCUGCAGCAGGCUGCCACAGACUGGGACCAGGCGACCGCAUCCUGGCUGUGAACGGUAUCAGCCUGGUGGGCAUGGAGUACCACGUCGGCCGUGAGCUGAUUCGCUCGUCGAGAAAAACUUUGCGACUGUUGGUGGCCAAGACAAUCUCAGCCCCCGGCCUCACCGCAGCCCCCGGCCUCACCGCAGCCCCCGGCCUCACCGCAGCCCCAGGCCUCACCUCAGCCCCAGGCCUCACCUCAGCCCCCGGCCUCACCGCAGCCCCAGGCCUCACCUCAGCCCCAGGCCUCACCUCAGCCCCAGGCAUCACCUCAGCCACUAGGUGCUGAGCUCCAGACCCUGGAAGCCCUCUGUGACCCAGUUGGUGGAGAGAGGAGGAUGACUGUGGUUACAGAAGGAGGUGUGGAGAAGAGGGAGGAGAAGAAAAUAACUGGAG